UUGGUUAGGUUGAUGGUUGGAUUCUAUUCGGAGGCUUUUUGCUUAGUUGCAUCUGCCUUUUGUUUUUUAGGGGCUUUGGGUUUAUUGGGGGAUUUCUUUGUUUUGGGUUUUGAGGUAUUCCGUCACUCUUCCUUAGAUCUUAGGGUUGAGAUUUUUGUGGAUGGAGUUGGAUUGUUAUUCUGUAGUGUUGUUUUUUUUAUUGCUAGUAAUAUUUUCAAGUUCAGUGGGCAUUACAUAGCAAGGGCUUUUCAUCCUUCGCGGUUCCAUGCUUUGUUAAUGUGUUUUGUUUUUUCUAUAGUUAUUUUUAUUUUCUCUCCGGGGUUGUUCAGGCUUAUAAUUGGGUGGGACGGGUUAGGGGUUUUUUCUUUUUUACUAGUUCUUUUCUAUCCAUGUCAUAGGUCCUUAGGGUCUGGGAUAAUUACGGGCUUAAGAAAUCGUUUAGGGGAUUGUUUUCUGGUGUUAGCAUUGCUGUUAUGGGGUCUGGGGUUUGGAAGCGGGGGUUACGGGGCGCAGGAGUUUGGUAUUGUAGUUAGAGUUUUUUUAGUGGUGGGGGCCAGGACUAAAAGAGCCCAGUUUCCCUUUUGUAGCUGAUUGCCUCGGGCUAUAGCAGCUCCCACUCCUGUCUCUUCUUUAGUCCAUUCUUCUACUUUAGUCACAGCUGGAGUGUUUUUAGUUGUUCGGUAUUGUGGGGGGUUAGAGGACGGAGCUUUAGUUUUAUUACAAUGAUGCUCGUUAAUUACAAUGGUUUUGAGGGGUUUAAAUGCUUGUGUGGAGUGUGACGCUAAAAAAGUUGUUGCUUUGUCGACUCUUUCUCAGGUUUCUUUUAUAAUAUUCUCUGUUAGAGUUGGGUACCCUUUGCUAGCAUUUUUUCAUCUGUUAACCCAUGCUGUAACUAAAGCUCUUUUGUUUGUGUGUGUGGGUUUAGUUAUUAUAGGGUACAGGCAGGAUUUACGUCGGUUGGGAGGGUGUUUCUCGGAAGAAGGGGGUUUAAAGUGGUAUUUUUUGGGAAGGUGUGUGGGAUUGUGUGGGAUCCCAUUCUUAAGGGGAUUUUAUUCCAAGGAGGUAAUUAUUGAGUCAAUAUUGCACAGGCCGCUUGGGUGAUUGGGGGUGGCUUUUUUUUUAGUGGGAGUUUUUUCAACCGGAUAUUACAGGGCUCGGUUGGGAUAUUUUUGUUUCUUCAGCGGGCUUCGGAGAGAUAAAGUUGGGGGAGUAAGAUCAUACCGCUAUAGGGGAGGUUUGAGCUUGCCAUCGGCUCAUUAUUUUUGUUUCAAUCUUUUUUGUUUUGUAGUUUUUUUGGGGGGGGUGGGGGGGUGGUUUUUUAAUUCAGGAGUUCCUUGCUAUCCUUGCUGAGAGAGGAAGGUUAUUCUGCUAAGGUGCCCUUGGUUUGUUAUGUGAUGGUUUUGGGCUAGGGAGGUGUUGACUGGGCUUUAUUUCAACGAGAGUUGGGAGGAAAAAAAUUUUAGCGUGCGUUAUAAAAAUGAUUAUUUUAAGCGGCCCAUUUUGGAGGAAAGAUUAGACUGGUGGGGAAGCUUCCGGGGAAGUUUCAUUCGUGAGUUGGGUUUCUUAGAUGGAUUAAGGGGUCAGCCUCUUGUCUAUGCCGGAUUUAUGUUGUCAGAAGAAGUAAGUUCUGGACUUGACCAGGGUUGGUUUGAAUUUUUUGGGCCGGGGGGUUUAUCCCGAUGUUUUAAGAAAGCGCUAGACUGUAACAUGUUUAUGUGCAGUCACUGGUUUGCUUGUUUCUUUGUAGUAUAUAUUUUAGAGGUAUGCUUAUGGGUCGGUCUUUCUUAG